AUGACUGCCAAGAACUGUGUCAAGGACAGUGUCAAGAACUGUGUCAAGGAUUGUGUCAAGAACUGUGUCAAGGAUUGUGUCAAGAACUGUGUCAAGGAUUGUGUCAUUAACUGUCUCAAGAACCGUGUCAUUUAUUGUCUCAAGGACUGUGACAAGGAUUGUGACAAGAACUUUGUCAAGGACUGUGACAAGAAUUGUGACAAGAACUUUUUCAAGGAUUGUGUCAAGAACUGUGUCAAGGAUUGUGUCAUUAACUGUCUCAAGAACCGUGUCAUUUAUUGUCUCAAGGACUGUGACAAGGAUUGUGACAAGAACCUUUUCAAGGAUUGUGUCAAGAACUGUGUCAAGGAUUGUGUCAUUUACUGUCUCAAGAACCGUGUCAUUUAUUGUCUCAAGAACUGUGACAAGGAUUGUGUCAAGAACUGUGUCAAGGACUGUGACAAGGAUUGUGACAAGAACUUUGUCAAGGACUGUGUCAAGAACUGUGUCAAGAAUUGUGUCAAUAACUGUGUCAAGGAUUGUGUCAAGAACUGUGUCAAGAACCGUGUCAUUUACUGUGUCAAGAACCGUGUCAUUUACUGUCUCAAGGACUGUGACAAGGAAUGUGUCAAGAACUAUGUCAAGAACUGUUUCCAGAACUGUGUCAAGGUCUGUUAUAAGCAUUGUGUCAAGAACUCGUCAAGAACUGUUUCGAGGACUCUGUCGAGAGCUGUGUCAAGAACAUUGUCAGGAACUGUGUCAGGAACUGUGUCAAUAAAAACUGUGUCAAGAAAGACUGUGUCGAGAACUGUGUUCAGAACUGUGACAAGGACUGUGACAAGAACUGUGUCGAGACUGUGUCGAGAACUGCGUCUAGAACUGUGA